CCGAGCCACCGUGGAAGAGCGGCUGGAAAGAAUAUUUGCCGAGGGCGCCAGUGACACAGAUCCAUCCUGGACUGCGCAGUUGAGUAUAUCUCCCCAAAGUUGAUACCUGAUUAUUGCCAACCCUGUCUUCCAAGGCUUCCUCUUCGCUAUCGGCGCUUGUUAUACGUCUCUCACGGAGUCGGCCUGCCUCGACGAUAUAUCGCACCAGCAGUACUUUGCCCAGGGUCUCCUGUUCUUCGAUGAGAUGUACAGCAACUCUUCGCUGCAGAACGUAUCGCUGAUUCUGACUCAGUGCUUCUAUCUCCUGGCCACAUGCCAGACAGACCGGGCCUGGAACAUUCUUGGCCUUGCCAUUCGCAUGGCCCAAAGCUUGGGACUGCACGUAGGAACAUCACAAUGGGGCAAUAUUGAGGAAACAAACCCACAGAUACAGGAAGAACGACGCAGGGUAUGGUUCUCGCUCUACAUCUUAGACCGGCUUCUGGCACUUCAACUCGGCCGGCCCGUUGGGAUACAGCAAGCCGACUUCCACGUUGAGCUCCCAUCGAGGGCUGAAGAUAUUCGCCGUAUCAACUCGCAAUCCGUAGAUGAACCAGGGGCUGCCUCAUCAAUGGACUAUUUUCUUUCGCUGAUUGAGUUCUCCCACAUUGUCGGCCGCGUCAACACAGAGCUCUAUCAACCGGUUGAAACUGAACUGUCUUCAAAGAAGCUGCUCUUCAGCACUGCCUCUCUCGACUGGGAUCUUGUCCAGUGGAAAGACCAUCUUCCUCGCCAUCUGCGGUUUGACCUUGGACAUACCCUCGAAAGAUCCCUCGUCUUUCGGCGGCAGCGGAACAUGUUCGCUAUUAAGUAUCACCAUCUCCGCGCUCUAAUCCACAGACCAUUCCUGUGCAUGUCACGUCUGCAUCAAAGUAGUCGCCUGUUCGGAGAACUAUUCCAGCACCACCGCUCCAGAAUCGACGAAGCCGAGCUGGUCUGCAUCACAGAGGCACAGGAGAUGGCACACCUCUUGCACAACAUCCCCGAUGAAAGGAGCCUAGUGCAUGAUUUCCCAUGGUGGCAGAUGAUAUCGUGCUUAAUAUGCGCCAGCUCGAUUCUCGUCGUUGCAGCGACCUUCUUCGAGCCCAGCCCUACGUCUUCAGAAUUGCGAACCAAGACAUUCGAUGAGGAUGCCGAAACCUGUUUGAAAGUGUUCGAAGCCUUGAGCACUAACUCAAGGGCUGCAUUCUGCGCCAAGUCCAUGCUACACAGUCUGCAACAGCUCAAAGUCAAAUCUAAGGUUCGGCGAGAUGAGAGCGAACCUAGCCAGAUGGGCGUUAAAAAUGCAAUUACAUCCAGUUCUAGCAAUCUGGCGAAUCCCACCGGUGAUCUUAACUUGUGGCAACAAUGGCCGAGCGAGAUAUCAGACACCAUGCAAUGGUCAGCGCAGUAUCUGGACUUGCCGCAGGACUAUCCCCCCAAUUUCGAAUUCGGGUUGCAGGAGUCUGACUGGCAGAGUCAGCCGGAUAAUUCUGGAUUGUGGCAUAGUGAAUGUUAAUUAUCGGCGUUUACUUGCUUAGACCUUUAUUUGGUUCCGUAGUUGCAUCGUAUGAUAUUUCAGUUUAUUUCCUCA